AUGGGGCCCCCAGGCAAUAGGGGAUCAUGGGGCCCCUGUGUCCUUGCCCAAACUCAAAAAAGCAUAUGAAAAAGGUACCAGGGGCAUCUCAUGGGUCCCCCUACUGACCCCGGCCCUCGGGCAAAAGAGAGAGAAGCAGCACAAGGACCCAGUCAGUUGUGCUGCAGUGAAAGCAAGGGGAGGACUGACAACUCAUGGGGUCCCCGGGCAAUAGGGGAUCAUGGGGCCCCUGUGUCCUUGCCCAAACUCAAAAAAGCCUAUGAAAAAGGUACCAGGGGCAUCUCAUGGGGCCCCAUAGUGGCCCCAGGCCCUCGGGCAGUGUCCGAGUUUCCAAAUGGUCAGUCCGCCCCU